CUUGACAUUCCCUUCCAAAGAGAAUACCAAGCUGAAUCCUCCUUUCAUUUUUUUGGGUUUUUGGCCUUUUUGAUUCUGCAUUUCUAAAUUCAGGCGAAUCCAUACUCAAACUAACAGAUAUGCAGGCAAUUUCUCCACCACACAAUUUCCACUCCUUAGUUCGCCCUUCCGGGCCGCGGCUCACCAGGGUUACCGUCCGCUCUGUAUACCGCUCUGACCCUGUCCACUUCCCAAACGGUGUUGGCCCAUCCCGCGCUGAUUGGCAGAGCUCCUGCGCUAUCCUUUCCAGUAAGGUCUUCUCCGUCGACCAAUCUUCCUCCGACAAAUCCAACGCCGCUGCCGUUAACGGCCAUAAGAGUCCCAUUGACCUCAAUCUCGUCCCUAUUGACAAGAAUAACAAGCCGCAGCCUCCUUCCACGACGCCGCCACAGAAACCCCUCACCAUCACCGACCUCUCCCCCGCACCCAUGCAUGGCUCGCAGCUCCGAGUCGCCUACCAGGGCGUUCCAGGAGCAUACUCCGAAGCAGCUGCCGGAAAAGCCUAUCCUAACUGCGAGGCCAUUCCCUGUGACCAGUUUGAAGUCGCUUUUCAGGCUGUUGAACUCUGGAUCGCGGAUCGUGCGGUGUUGCCCGUAGAGAACUCUCUUGGCGGCUCAAUUCACAGGAACUACGAUCUCUUGCUCCGUCACCGCCUCCACAUCGUCGGCGAAGUGCAGCUUCCAGUUCAUCACUGCCUUUUAGCCCUACCUGGAGUGCGCAAAGAGUAUCUUACCAGAGUCAUUUCCCAUCCUCAGGCUCUGGCGCAGUGCGAGCACACUCUGACCAAAUUAGGCCUCAACGUCACGCGCGAGGCGGUCGAUGACACAGCCGGCGCAGCGGAGUACAUAGCAACGAACAACCUCCGUGACACGGCGGCCAUCGCCAGCGCACGCGCCGCCGACCUGUACGGCCUUCAAGUACUCGCAGACGGCAUCCAGGACGACUCAGGCAACGUGACAAGAUUCGUGAUGCUAGCACGGGAGCCGAUCAUCCCGCGCACAGACCGGCCGUUCAAGACAAGCAUCGUGUUCGCGCACGACAAGGGGACAAGCGUGCUGUUCAAGGUUCUGUCGGCGUUCGCAUUCAGAAACAUCAACUUGACGAAGAUCGAGUCGAGGCCGCACCGGGGCCGACCAAUUCGGUUAGUCGACGACGCCAAUGAGGGGACGGCGAAGCAUUUCGAGUACAUGUUCUACGUGGAUUUCGAGGCGUCGAUGGCGGAGGUGAGGGCACAGAACGCGUUGGCCGAAGUGCAGGAGUUCACGUCAUUUUUGAGGGUGUUGGGAAGCUAUCCGAUGGACAUGACGCCUUGGUGCCCCGCCACCGGCGACUAGCAUUGCUCUGUGUGUAACUCUCCAAAAAAUUAUUGCUUCGUUUUUAAUUAUUUGCACAAACUGAACAAAAGAAGAAACGGUAAUUAAUUAAUUUUAAUAUUGUUUUUAGUAUAUAUAAUUAUUAAAUUCUUUUGAGAAAUAUUUAUUCGUUUUUAUUUUCUUAGAAUUUUUAACUCUUAAAUAUUUUAACAAGAGGGGAAAAACAAAUUGUUGAUGAGCUUGUUAUCUGAUAAAUAUUCUUUAUGACU